CAAAAGGCCCAUCCUUCCUGUAAGCAAACACAAAAACCCCAAUUCUCCCUUCUCCCCCUCUCCGAAAGUCGCAGUGCGAUCCACGCAACAAUGGUUUACAUAACUUCCUGGGACGAGUUCGUCGAGCGAUCCGUCCAGCUUUUCCGCGCCGAUCCCGAAUCUACUCGAUACGUGAUGAAAUACCGGCAUUGCGAGGGGAAAUUGGUUCUUAAGGUUACUGAUAAUAAAGAGUGUCUGAAAUUCAAAACAGACCAGGCGCAAGACGCUAAGAAGAUGGAGAAACUCAACAACAUAUUCUUCACUUUGAUGUCCCGAGGUCCUGAUGCGGAUCCAUCAGAAGUUACUGGGAAAGACCAGAUGGACGCACAGCCAACCAAGAAAGGACGGGGAAGAAAACAAUAGUUGUGUCGGCGUAAUUAGGUUGUUUUUAGGACUGAUCUUACAGGGAACCAUGGAUUACUAUUCAGACCGAAUUUUUGGAGAUGGUUACAGAAGAUUGUGGUUCUUUCUUUUCCCCGAUGUUCGCUUUUUAUUUCAUUUUAUAUAUAAAAGGAUUGUUGACAACUU